AUGUCCGUCUUUGCGUACUCUGCAUCACACAGUGCAGUUGCAAGCUGAGGUGCUGUCAUCCGUCCAACGUGCGGCUGCAUCAUCAUGAAUGACAUGCUAAACUUGUGCAUCAGUAGCGGCGACGCGGCCGGUGUUGGCAUUGCGGGAAACGGCCCAGUCGUGCCCUUGUCUACACCAGGUUUACGGGAUGGUGAGGCAUUGGAUGGGAAAUCAGUGACGGGAGAUGUGGAGACCAACGAAACAGUCCAUGCAGACAGAAAGAGAAAAAUGGCUGACUACGUUGGUGAAACGCCACAUCCCGCCAUCGACGAUGGACUCCCAGGAUCAACGCUAUUUGCAUCGGGUGAUGGACUGACAUACAAUGACUUUCUGAUCUUACCAGGGUAUAUUGACUUCACAGCAGAUGAAGUGGAUCUGACCUCAGCGCUGACCAAAAAGAUCAUCUUGAAAGCUCCCCUUGUGUCCUCGCCCAUGGAUACAGUGACGGAGUCUUCGAUGGCCAUUGCAAUGGCGUUAUGCGGCGGUAUUGGUUUAAUACACCAUAACUGCACUCCAGAAUUUCAAGCCAAUGAAGUCCGCAAAGUGAAGAAAUACGAACAGGGCUUCAUCAUGGAUCCUGUCUGCAUGGGGCCAGACGACACUGUGGGCUGCGUCUUCUCUGCCAAGGUGACCCACGGCUUCUCUGGCAUACCGAUCACAGACACCGGUACAUUGGGCGGCAAGCUCCUGGGUAUUGUCACCGCCCGCGACAUUGACUUCCUGAAGGCAGACUCUUACAGCACCUCUUUGAAGGAGGUGAUGACCAAGCGUGACGAUCUGGUGGUUGCAUCCGCCAACAUCACGCUCAGGGAGGCCAACGUCCUGCUGCAGAAAUCCAAGAAGGGUAAGCUACCGAUCGUCAAUGAAAAAGACGAGCUGGUGUCGCUGAUCUCACGAACAGAUCUGAAGAAGCAUCGAGAGUUUCCGCUGGCCUCCAAGGACGCCCACAAACAGCUUCUUGUCGGGGCAGCCAUCGGGACAAGAGAGGAGGAUAAGGCCAGACUAGAGUUGCUGGCCCAGGCCGGUGUGGAUGUGGUUGUCCUGGAUUCUUCACAGGGCAAUUCCUCCUUCCAAAUCAACAUGGUCAAAUACAUCAAGCAGACCUACCCAGACAUCCAAGUUGUAGGAGGCAAUGUUGUGACGGCGUCCCAAGCACAGAACCUUAUAGAUGGUGGAGUUGACGCCUUGAGAGUGGGCAUGGGUAGCGGCUCCAUCUGCAUCACGCAGGAAGCCAUCCCAAGCAUCAGCAAAAAUCCAUUGACCGUUCAGGAGGGCCCUCGGGCCAAUGUCUUGAUGGCAGUAGGGCGCCCUCAAGGCACAGCGGUGUACAAGGUAUCGGAGUAUGCCCGUCACUUCGGCGUACCAGUGAUUGCUGAUGGUGGCAUUACAUCAGUGGGUCACAUAACGAAGGCCUUGGCACUGGGGGCAUCAACAGUAAUGAUGGGCAGUCUACUAGCGGGCACCAGCGAAGCGCCCGGGGAGUAUUUUUUCUCUGACGGAGUGAGGCUGAAGAAGUACCGAGGAAUGGGUUCCCUGGACGCCAUGGAGUCUAACAAAUCCAGCGCACAGAGAUACUUCAGCGAGCGAGACAAGCUGAAGGUAGCCCAGGGUGUUUCUGGCAACAUCGUGGACAAGGGCUCCAUUCACAAGUUUGUCCCGUACCUCAUAGCCGGGGUCCAGCACGGCUGCCAGGACAUUGGUGCUAGGAGUCUGACACAACUCAGAGAAAAAAUGUAUUCGGGGGAGCUGCGGUUCGAAAGAAGAACGACCUCCGCCCAGAUCGAAGGGAACGUCCAUGGAUUGCAUUCAUAUGAGAAAAGACUUUUCUGAGCUGCAAGCCCCACCCUCCGUGGUCGCUCCUCACUUACCUUUCCACUUUUUCGUUUGGCGCACCAAUGAUUUCCUUCCUUGUCACGCUGUAGUAUUUGCACAUUUUAGUGCCCUUUUGUUGUUCACUAGUAUCGCGUGCUGUACACCGGUUAUGAGUCUGUCAUGGACAAAACACUUGAAAAUCCUGGAGGUGGUGAGUCUUGAUGUGCAAAAUGUGGCUGAUAACCAGUGAACCGAAGAGACUUGUAUUGUGUGAAUCAACUGGUGACCAGGGGCCAAUUUCACAGUGCCACCAAGCAAAAGUAUUGCUUAAUAACACAUUCAUGUGCUGAGCAAUAGUAGUCAGCAGAUGACUAGUCCAAAAAUAUACGGAACGCGUAGCAUUUUGGUCGGUAACUUGCUCUUGCUAGGCUGCAGCCGACUUGACAAAACUUUAGGCAGUGGUGCAACUCCACUUAUGCCACAGUUUCUUCUGUAAGUUACUCAACAAAUUGAUUGAUUGAUUUUAUGAAACUUAUGUUCUGCGUGAGUCUGCGACUUACCGAACAAAUUGAUGGUGUGACUCACGCAGUCAUUUUAGGUGGCGUAAGUUGUGCUGGACGAAGCAAAAAUGAACAAUUUGUCUAGCUUAUCAAAUUCAGUGAAGCCUCAUCAUUGCUGAACUUAAGGUUUGUAUGAGAAAUGCACAGCUUUGUUGUCGAAGGUAAUGAGAAACAUUUUCGGUUGUGAGAAAACUGCAAGAUAUUUUUGUCCAGUUCCGAUGAAGAAAAGAUGAAAACUUUUUCAAAACGGUGAGCAGAAGUGAUUCAACGACUGUUUGACGACUGCUGUUGUACUGGAAAAGAACAGCCAUCGUAAAAGGCGUUUUUGUCCUGUCCAAGAAAUUUGAUAUUGUUAAAAGUUGGCACAGCUAUGCAACUAUUCAUGAAAUCAAACUUGAGUAUAUCACGCAGCUAUGGCAUAGAUUUGUGGCACAAGGCUUACACAUGGUUCAAAGUUGCGCCAUGUUUCGUGAAAUUGGCUGCAGAAAAUUUCUUGGCUAAGCAGAUUUCUGUGUUUGGUGACUCAAUGAAGCUCGCCCUAGUGAAAAAUGCAAUCAAUAAUUGAGACUUAGCCAAGAAGUUAACCGUUACAUAGUUCAUGCAAGGCAGAAUCCUUGCCAAUUGAUAUUGUUCUGAAUGCCGAGUUCCAGUCAAGUUGUCACAGGUCAGUACAUAAGUCCUUGACUCGCAAGUCGCGUGGCAGGCUUUGAGACAAACUCUGAUGGAGGCGUUGUCUGUUAUGGUCCAUUCACAUUAUGUAUGACCUGGACUGACCAGCACAAAUGUCAGUAAAACUUUGCUGCAUGUGGAAACCUCAAGUAAACCAAAAUACAGUCAACCACCUUUCUAUUGGUCAUUGUGACUUAACGGAUUACCUCCAUAUAAUGGACCUUGUAUUAUAACUAUUGGAAAACAGAAUACAGAAACUUGGGGACCUAACAUCUAUGUUGCUGUAAACAGGAUGUUGUAUUGUAGCGUCAGAAUACUGCAGAUUGUGGCCUCUGACAAUGUUUGUUUAAAACGGAAUACUUUAACUUGGCUCACGUCUUGAUGCAGAAAGGACAAUUUUUCCAAAAUCUCCAAAACAUCAGCAGACACCUCUGUAGGACAAAUGCAGAUUACCUGUGUUGAUGACAUUUGAAAUGUUAUUGGACCACACACAGCCGGUUCCAUGUGUGCCGACACUGGCCAAUAUUAGCAGUGUUCGCCAGAAGUGGACUGCUUCUGAUCUGACUCAUGAGCAGCAUAGACUGGGUUAAACACUCCGCCAGAAAGAAGAAUUUAGGGGAAAUAAACUCCACACGAUUGUUUCAGUAUUUGCAGAAAUUAGGGCUGUAGUUGAGACAUUUGCAAGCCCAGGCAAGACACCAGUCACAAGGAAUAGUUUGAACAGUGACAAGGUCUGCUUUUGUUGCAGUUUAUGUGAAUUGUUGAUGACAUAAAUUCAGAGAAGAAGCCUUGUAAUGGUCUCAAGAGAUCCUGACUACAACACCAACAGAAAAAACAAUCUGGAUGAGCUUUCCAAACAGUUUGGCCACACAAGGAAGGGGUCCCAUUCACAGUACUAUUUCUGUCUUAGUCAUUGUUUAAGUUGCUUGAGCUAAACAUGUAAACACCCUGUCAUCUAAAAGAGAGGUUGUAUUUUUCUAUCCUAAACUGCUCAUCAUCAGACCGGAACACUUUCCAGUAACUCUGGGAGUACUGGCCCUGAACACUAUCAACAGAGGGCCUGCCAUGCCGAUGGUUGGCCAAGACUUCACACACCGGAGGGCACAUUGCGUGGACUGCCGAAACUAAUUACAGUGCCUGGGGCUCUCUGCCGGGAUUGGCUAUCGCACAAGGCACAGAAUGAGUGGUUGAUGGGGGUUUAUUCAUGUGGACUGAUUCUGAUAUAUCCUUGCUCUCCUUGGUUUUGUGGGUGGACUUGCCAGAACUUAAUGAAGUUUUUUGAAAAUGUUUUUAUUUCACCUCUGAUGUAAUGCUUGUUUUCUGUUUUUGACAUUUCAAGUGGAAACCUCAUUAUUUUCCUUCAGUACCUUGUCUGCGCACAAUCUUUCAAGGUGUACAUUAAUGAAGACCAACAUGAACAUUCGUCAAAAGUAUUUACAGUAUAUGAAGGAAACACGAGGGUUACCUCAGUAGUUUUGUUGAAACUGAAGUAUUUUGUAUUUUUGAAAAAGUACUAUAGUUUGAGUGGGAAACACUGAAAUUUCACCAUUGGUUGGUCAGACUCUUUGAGGACCUGUAUUUACAGUGUACAAGAUGCCUUAUUCUCAGAAUGGGAUGCUGGCUUUGUUGAAGGAGCUUCCUAAUAAGGAUGACUGUUUACUCCAAAGAAAUCUAGACUGUAUUUCUUUUUUAAAUUUGAAUUGGGGUGUCAGAUUUGUCGACGUUGCAGACUGAAUAUGAAUAGAAGCUUGUAGAUUUGAGAAGUGCAUUAUGUUUUCCAUUGAGGAGAAAAUCCACCCUUGCUGCAUAAUUGUCAUUUCUUCUGCUUUUCUUGGUAUAGUUUUUGUUCCUCAUAAGUGUUGCAUUGCCCAACUCUUAUUGCCCUAAAUCUCCCACAGGUAAAGAUUUAGGACCGUAAGGAUUAAUUUGUGAUGCAAUAGAAUAGACCAUUUUUUUGUGAUAUGACCAAGGUCGCAGACUUCUUUGUAUCAGAUCUUCUCAAGUUAUUGUGAAGAACUUACCUUGCUGGUUAUUGAUUGUGUAACAGCGUAAGAAAUGAAAUGAGAUUAAAAUGGCAAUGAAAAGACAACUAAAUGUCUUUGAUCGAAAGAAACAGUUCCGUUAAGUCCAGUGCGGGAUAUCUUGUUAAUAAAUUAGUGAGGAGAUUGUAUUGUCGUCUACAAAUGAAGAUGAUGCAAAUUGUAUGUUGUUUCAAUAGGUUGAGAAGGGUACACGUCAGGUUUUCGCUGAUUAUCAGUGUGGAUGUUUGGGGGCAAAAACGCAUGAAAACUCACCUUAAUUGUGAGCAGUAUUGAUAACCGCACAAGGAGGGUCGGUGCAAGUGAUUGUUAGCUUGUUUAUGAAAAAAAUGAUAUUUUUAUUGGAAAACGUUUUGGGCUCUUGUCGAAAAAGUGUUUACUUUUUCUGUUCUGGUGACGUGGCGUUGCCCAUCAGUGAGGCAUGUUAGUUAGGUUGGAAAUAAAAAUUGAUGCCUCAACAAUGUCGGGAAACAGGUUCUUUUUUUUUUUGGCAAGUAAUAUCUAUGAAGAAUUUGUUUAAUACAGAAGCGCAAGGCCUUGCCGAUAUUUCGUAAAUAUUUAUUGUUCCUACACAGAAUUGCGAUUUCCUUUUCCUAAACGCCACUGAGAAAAAAGAAUCGUCGACAGAAACAGAUGUAAAAAAAAUAAUUUGAUUUCUUAGUUUUUGUGUUGCGUGCAGUAAAGGGUACAAAUUGUGUUGUUUAAACUUGGUUGUGGACUGGAUUAAAUCGUCGUUGACUUGUUAUGUUAAUCGGUAUUAUUCUGAUCGGCACUGUUAGUACUAUUAAUGCAAUCAUUGCGUGGUAACACUCCCAUAAAACCAAAUUCGUCAAAG